AUAUUCCAUUAAAUUCAAUAUUUACACUUCACAAACAAAUUCACCCACAUAUGUACAAGACUACAACUUAGUUGAAAAGCACUAUAAUCCCACCACCCAGAUUUGCUUUUCUUCAAGCAGAGUGUAGCUCUCUGAGUUCACCUCAUAAUAGCAGAAUGAGGGGAGGACUAUGGCAACUAGGGCAAUCAAUCACCCGCCGGCUUGGUCAAUCUGAUAAAAAGACUAUUGCUCGUAGAUGCUACGCCACGGAGGCAGACCUCAAGAAAACUGUUCUCUACGAUUUCCACGUUGCAAAUGGUGGAAAGAUGGUUCCUUUUGCUGGUUGGAGCAUGCCGAUCCAGUACAAAGAUUCGAUCAUGGAAUCCACGCUGAAUUGCAGGGAAAACGGUAGUCUUUUUGAUGUUUCCCAUAUGUGUGGGCUAAGUCUCAAAGGGAAAGAUAGCGUUGCGUUUCUUGAAAAACUCGUGGUUGCUGAUGUGGUGGGACUUGCCCCCGGUACCGGCUCGCUGACGGUUUUCACAAACGAAAAGGGUGGAGCCAUUGAUGAUUCCGUGAUCACUAAGGUGACUGCUGACCACAUUUACUUGGUUGUUAAUGCGGGGUGCCGAGAUAAGGAUUUGGCUCACAUUGAAGAACAUAUGAAGGCUUUUAAGGCCAAAGGUGGGGAUGUAGGGUGGCACAUCUAUGAUGAGAGAUCUCUUUUGGCUCUUCAGGGUCCUCUUGCAGGUUCGACUCUUCAGUACCUUACGAAAGAGGAUUUAAGCAAAAUGUACUUUGGGGAGUUCCGUAUAAUAGAUAUCAACGGUGCCAAAUGCUUUCUAACUAGAACCGGGUAUACCGGUGAAGAUGGAUUUGAGAUCUCGGUUCCCUCAGAGAACGCAGUUGAUCUUGCAAAAGCGAUUCUCGAAAAAUCCGAAGGGAAGGUACGGUUAACGGGCCUCGGUGCUCGUGAUAGUCUUCGUCUCGAAGCCGGACUGUGUCUAUACGGCAAUGACAUGGAGCAACACAUAACCCCGGUGGAGGCCGGGCUCACUUGGGCUAUUGGCAAGAGAAGAAGGGCCGAAGGCGGGUUUCUUGGAGCCGAGGUGAUCCUGAAGCAAAUCGCCGAUGGCCCAUCAAUUAGGCGGAUCGGGCUUUUCUCUGCGGGCCCACCAGCCCGAAGUCACAGUGAGAUUCAGAACGAGAACGGGGAGAACAUCGGUGAGGUGACUAGUGGAGGGUUCAGCCCGUGCUUGAAGAAGAACAUAGCCAUGGGGUACGUGAAGUCGGGAUUGCACAAACCCGGGACCAAAGUUAAGAUUGCGAUCCGAGGGAAAACGUACGAAGGGUCAAUUACGAAAAUGCCCUUUGUAGCAACAAAAUAUUACAAGCCAACAUAAAAAGGCUUGUUUCUUGUGGCUACUUUCUUUACAUUUUUAACUUGUGUUCUUGUGGAACUUGAAUGCUGCAAGCCUGCAAUUACUUGAAAUCUUUGAUUUUGUGGUCCACACUUUUCUGGACUUUGAAUGGAAGAGUAUUCCUUUAAUUUUC